UGGUGUUGAUUGUGGAACACCUGGUCCUAAAUGUUAUUCAGAUUGUUAUAAACAGGCUGAUAUUGUAGUAGUUAGUGAAAGAAUAUCGUGCAAUAACUGUACAGCUAGGUAUAUUAAGAUUUCAUUGGAUUAUAUUGAAGAAAUAAACUUCUGCGAAGUAGAAAUUUAUGGCCAGUUAUCAUCAGGAUCACCGGGCACACAGGUUUGUUCCAAAUAUACUGGGGUUAGUUCUUCUCGGGUAUCGUCUGAAUACAGUACACUAUCGAUGGAACCGUCUUCUGUAUUCUCUGAAUAUAGUUCGUCUGCCACAGAACUAUCUUCUAUUCUAGGCGUAUUUUCUGAAGAUUUUCUGUCUAGCGCUGUUGAACCCUCUACAUCGAAUUCCGCGUUGUCAACUUCUAAUUAUUGGUCCUCGAGUUCUUCUGCCCUACCAUUAAGCUCAACUUCUAGAACAGAUUCCACAACAUCGAACCCCGUCUCUGUGACCAAUGCGUCUGUAGUACAGAUUGUUAGCAAUGAAUUUUGUUCUUGCUCGUGUAAAGUUAUCAACGAAGAUCCACAAGUUCUUAAAGAUAAAUUGGCAGAAAUCAAGCAGAAUCUGACAGUAAAUACUGUGAAGUUGUCUAGCACAAUAAGGAAAAAAAAUAGUGUUCCGGAUAACCGACCAUCAGCUGUGUCUGUUGGUUAUAUGGGGAUAGUCACUAUGUCUGUUGUCUUCGGACUCUGUGUUUUACAGGAUUUGAUAACCGCACUAUUGUACGUUUUGGAUAAAUUCAAUUUGAUAACUGGUAGAUCAUCUGUUAUAAGUAAGACUGAUACACCGGGUAAAUCAGAACUAGACGAGAACACCAAUACCACCCAAGGUUAUCCGCCAAGUGACUCGCGGUUGCCAUCAAUUCUCGAAUAGGGUGGAUGAGCCAACACAGAGGUCUACAAACCAUCGAAUCUUACAGUUUCGCAUAUCCCCCAAACCUUUGCUGCAUAUAGACGGUUGGAUCUAAUGUUCGGUCAAAGAGUUAACCAGUUGAUCUUGACAAAACUUUUUCUUAUUAAAGACAUUAGUUUUCAGUUUCAAGUUAUGAUUCUAUAGCGACACUAAAAGUAAUGCAACACUUGUGGUUUAACAAGCGCAACAUUCCAACAGAUGGCCUCCGGGGUAGGGGGUGGGGUCUUAAGAA